CUCGUGCCACCUGAGAUUCUUGAUUUCAAACCCGGUACCAUCUCUUAAACAAAACGCCCCCUUAAACUUUCUGCGAGUAAAACCCCUUAUUUCUCAAGCUUCCUAUUCCCCCAACUUGGGGACCAUUUUGCUGCUUUUUGCUAUUCGUAUACUGGAAGAUUCAAGACUUGGGGAGGAAUGGGUGCAUCGAGGUUCUAAUCUGCUUCCGUGAGUUUAAUUUGAAUAAAGAUGUGUUCUAUGUAGUUUAUUGUGUUUACUUCUUCCCCGGAAUGAUGAUGCUUGUUUAUCUGUAUAAACGUCAAUCCAAAACCUCUAAUGUCAAGCACGAAACUUUCCACAACUUGAAUCAGUGUCUUUUGGGACCCAUCAUUCGGUGUUAUAGAACCAAAAAAAUCAUCUCCGCUGCAGAUCAAACUGCAUUUAGAACAUUAUUUCUGAAGAACAAAUGUGGAUUAUCUGGUGAAGCUGCUAUUCGUUCUUCUAAAUAUGGUCAAUUUGGACCAUCCGAUGUAAACCCCGACAGAGUUCUCAGCCUCCUCCGAACGUAUGGAUUCACCCAGCCAAGCAUUUCUAAAAUCUUUUCUAGAGACCCGCGAAUUCUUCAAUACUGCCCUGAAAAGAUCUUAAAGCCGAAGCUCGAUUUUUUGCUUUCUAGCAGCCUAUCUCAAACCGAGGUAAUCGAAAUUGUCACAAAAAACCCAAGAAUUCUUUGCAGAAGUCUUAACAACCAUCUAAUACCCUUUUUCAAUUUGCUCAUGUCAUUAACUGGUUGCUACUCAGACGCAGUUGCUGUUAUCAAAGCCAAACCACUUAUUCUAUCAUAUUCCAUUUCAAAAGGUUUUUUGCCAAAUGUGGAAUUCCUGCCAACAAUUGGGGUGCCUCAUUCCCAAAUUCUGAAACUUUUGUGUUGUUAUGCUCAAGUAUUAGGCCAACCACAUUCCAAAUUUCGUAGUCAUGUGUUGAAGGUUAAGGAAAUGGGUUUUGAUCUCACAUCUUCCUAUUUUAUUAGUGCUGUCAAGACAUUAACUUUUAUUAGUGACUCAACUUGGCAUUCCAGAUGUGAUUUGCUUAGAAGCUUCGGUUUCUCUGAUUAUGAGAUUCUGUCAUUGUUCAAGAAACUGCCAGCUUUUAUGUGUUUUAGUGAUAAGAAUAUAAGAGGAAGGUUGGACUUCUUUCUAAAUAAAUUGCGAUGGACCCCGUCUAGGCUGUCAACUAACCCGAUUGUUAUGUCAUAUAGCCUAGAGAAGAGGACUAUUCCUAGGUGUUCGGUUCUGCAACUUUUGGUCUUAAGAAACAUCAUUACUGAGAGUCUCAUGCUAUCAACGAUAUUGGCUAUGACCGAACAAAGGUUCUCAAAGGGCUUUGUAACGCUGCAUAAGGAUGAAAUUCCCGAAGUAGUGGAGGCAUACCAUGGGAAGUUGAGAUUUAAUGAAUACACGUUUCAACAGAAGGCAAGUUUUUCAGCCACUUAAUUAAUAGUUAACAAUUGGAGAUGAACUGGUUCUCUGGUGCUAUGAUAUGGAUCUCUGCUCACAGUUAGUGUGCCGCAGAAUUUGUAACUAAUAAGUACUUAAACUAUUGUUGGGUGAACUGCAAGACAACUUCGUCGUCUGGGUCUUGAUCAUUCAGCUUCUAUCUACGGGCUAACCAGAUGGUGUGUUUGGUCCCCGACUCGAAGGCAGGAUCUUGUGAGGUCUUGAAAAGCUUUGUUUUUCCUAAAGAUGAGAUCUUUUCUACAUUCAAGAAACGCUCAUUGCCAUGACCUACGGUGAACAAGGAAAAUAGGUCAGUUUCUAUUAGUCCUCUCCAUUUGUAAAUUAUAAGGAAAAUGCCCUUGCGACUCAUUUGGAUAAAAAAAAAAAAAAAUUAUAUAUGUGGGAUAUGUUGUUGUGUUAAAGGGUCUGCAGAAUGAUUUGAUUUGGGCAAGUAAUUAAUGGUCUCCAAUUAGUGCGGAUUUCUCCA